AUUCUUAGCACGAGACUAGGGGGAACAAUACCCGGGUGAGGUCCUCUCAUAUAGAUUCCCCUCGAUUUUAUUUACUUGGUUGUUUAUUUUAUAGUUUUCUUAGUUUUAAAACCAAAACUGUUUUGCUAGAUAACAAACUAAGCAAUUGAAGUAGGGGUACAAGGACCGGCCCGGGUUGACAUUUAAACAUAUACUCGUCAUAUACUGCACCCGACUAGAGUUUCUACUUGGGCUAUUGUCGGGAUUUAAUUCGUGGUGUAUCUGUGGCGAGUCAUAUGCAGAAAAGUAACCCAAAAUUAUAUAUUUAAAAAAAAUUAAUAACAUUUUGUACCCUUAUACUAUUGUUGGAGAGCGUAUCUUACUCAACAAGGAACAGAUGGAGUCGAAAUGACGGGAAAGCUGGUUUCGGAACGUCACAUGGAGCAGCCGGGGGAAGCUAGCCCCCUUGCUGUGUGAUCAAGGGGAGAAAUCGAUGGCGUCGGAACAUCACGGGAGAUCCGGGAAGCUUGCCGUAUGGUCUCGCCUAUCAACCGGUUCUCUCUACUCAAGCCGUCGGUGAGGAGAUGUCGGGAGCAGGCACCGCCACCGAGUCGAGGGGCUGAUUGCCAGGAGAGACUUCAGGGGGGACGAACGGUCUCUGGUCGAGUGCCUCAAAAUUAAUUUAGGGGUUUUUUUAAUUAAUUGAUUUGGGACAUAAUAAAAUAGUUAAAAUCAAAAUUAUGAGUGUUUUGGAGUAAAUAAGAGGCAAUUGUGUCAUUUUCCACUAUUAUGAUUGGGGCUCACUUAACAUAUAAUUAGAUGGAAGGGUACGUAAUAAGUAUGUUUGUAAUAAGUAUGUUUGUGUAAAAAUUUAGUAUAUUCAUACUAUUGUUAAUUUACCAUAAUAGAGGAUAAAAAUGGCUAUUAACGAUUUGAAAAAAAUGGAAAUGGCUAUUAACGAUUUGAAAAAAAUGGAUAAGUUAUGUACACACAGAAUCUUAAAGCAUUUUAGAAAGAAAAAGAAAAUUCCUCCUACUAUACCGUCACAAAAUCAAGAAAGACAAAACCUAUAUACCACUAAAAAACACGCUCCCCAAUUCCUCUCUCUCUCUCUCUGUCGUCCCUUGUGCUGUGCUGUGCUGUGCUGUGUGUGAACCGUAUACCGUUAACCAUUUCCUCUCCCGCCGACGGACGCAGCUAUCCCCUGCUUUCCGGCUUUCCCCCUCCCAACUAAACCAAAUUGAGAGUCAUCGGAGCAAACUCUCACCUGGGUUUCUCUCAAUUUUCGCUUUGCCGUCUUCUCAAGAGAGAAAAACAGGAAAAAAAAUGGACCGGCGAUCCUCCGUUGACUCCUACAGCAGCAGCAGCAACAGCAACAGCGGCGGUGACGGAAGCUAUCAGAAUCACCACCACCACCACCACAACAACAACAACAACAACCAAAGCAGAGAUCAGUACCUGAAGAAUCUCAACAAGCAAUCGCAGAAGAUCUCCAAACCCAGUAUCCCGUCUAACCCUAGAAAGCUCUCUCCUUCCCCCUUUGACCACCAUCAACCCAAUUUCAAUUCCAAUCCCCCGAAUCCAAUUCCUCCGCCACAGCCGCAGCCGCAGCCGACGCAGAACCAGCCCCAUGUCUACAACAUCAACAAGAAUGAUUUCCGCGACGUCGUUCAGCGCCUCACCGGAUCCCCUGCCCACCACGACCGCUUCUCGUCCCCCAAUCCUCCUCCUCCAGCCCCUGCUCCGGAUCCGACGUCCAAGCCACCGUCUCAGGUCUCUCGAUUGCAGCGGAUCCGCCCUCCUCCGCUCGCCGGUCUCGCCCCCAACCGCCCGCCGCCCCAGAUUCAGCACCACAAUCAACACCGCCCCAUGCCUCCUCCGCAGCAGCACUACCAGCCCCCGCCGAUGAAUACCCACAUGCCUCCUCCGGGCCCGCCACCACCCAACGGCUUCUUCCCGCGUCCGCCGCCGGGUCCUUUAUCUCCGGUUCCUCAAUUCCCCGGCCCUGCAGUGGCGGAGUCGCCCGUUUCGGCUUACAUGAGAUAUCUCCAGGACUCAAUGGAUCCCAACAAACAGCAAUUUACUGGGUUCUCCCCUCUCGCCCCUUUGGUUUCCCCUCGAUGGAACAACGGCAAUAACAAUUUGCAACAGCAGAACCAACAGCAUUAUGGACCACCGCCGCCUCAGCCUCAGCAGUACCACCACCAGGGGCUACUUCCGUCGCCGAAUGCUGCUGCUGCUGCUGGGACAGCAAUGAUGCCUCCGCCACAACCAUCCCCUUUCCAGCAGUUCCCGCAGUCUCCUUUGUCGUUUGGGUUCUUGAAUUCUCCGCGGUCUCCUUAUCCUCUGUUUUCUCCAAGCACGUUGCUUUCUCCUUCGGCUUUCCCUCUUUCCCCGACCAUGCCAAUGCACAGUCCAAGAUGGUUGCUUUCCCCCAACCCUUUCCCUCUUUCCCCCACCAUGCCCUUCCCAAGUCCCAGAUGGAGAGGGAUGUGAUCUUGUUACUGCACUAUUCAGGUAGUUCUGAGUUCUUAUCCAUGUUCUCUUAUUAGACUGAUUAGAGCAUUAAGGUUUCAUGUAUAUGUAUAUAUAUAUGAAUGGGGAUUCAUUUGAUUGCCAGUGGUUCAUUUUGGACGAAAGGUGCCUGGCUCUGGCCAUGUAAUAGAUAGAAUUUUUCCUUGUUGUUGUAAAAAUUGAUAGUCAAAUUACAAUUUUCAAAUAGGAAAGAACCCUUGGACUUGACCUUUCGCAUUCCUUUUUUUUUUUUUAAAUCGUAUGCUUCUGCAUUUGUACUGUAUUUGAUACUUCAGAUUGACAAUUCUGUUAGAGUAAAUGAAACAACAUGUGGAUUGCACUGUUGGUUUAUUUCAUUCAUCUUAAUGUGCUCCGGUAUUGGAGAUUCAUUUCAAGUCUUUCUUUGGCCAUUGGAUUGAUUUUUUCUUCAGUGAAGAGGCUUUGUUUGCUGAUAAUGCUAGAUGAGAAUAUCCCUUACCAAGUUCUUGUAAGUGCUAAUGAAAUUGAAAAGCCUUUGUCUUGUUUUCCCAGUUGAGUAAUUCGUUGGUAUUGUAGUAUACAGGUUUGUUUAGUUUAUCAUCUUUGCUGUCAGUUUUAUUGCUCUGUGUGCUCUGUUUGUUAUUAGGUUAGUUUCUCUUGCGAUAUAAUAAUGCUUUGACUGCUGGAGUUUGUUUAAUUUUCUGCAAAGGAUUGGUAAUCUUGCACUUUGAGUACUUUACUUGAAGUGUUCAGUUUUGUGCACUGCUGCCUUUUGAGCUUUACUAAUUGCUUUAUGAUGGACUUAGAAGAAAUUUCCAUUCUUCAUAUUUCUGCCAUGUGAUCGUUCUCCUUUAGUUGGUUGUCUAAAUAAAACCAUAUCCUCAGUGCAUCUCGUGAUACGUUGGGUGAAUUUCUGAGUAUUUUGAUUGCGGAUUAGUUUUCCAAGUUCUUUUCUUAUGCCUUCUUGCGCCUUCAUUCAAGCUUGUAGGUAUUCUUUAUUGCCGAAGCCCAAUAAGAAACCCGUAUAAAGGAAGGUUCAUGGGAUCAUCAGACAACACAUAGAUCAUAAACUUGACCGUGAAGUGUCAUGUUCUUCUUAGCAAUAUUCUUCUUGGAAACACACAAGAUGGGUUGGAGAAUAGAGACAUUUGUUUUGUUAACUAGCUAGAUAGAGUCUACAGAGGAACAUAAAUUAUUGGAGUAAUUUUCCAGGCCUUUCCGAGGAGAAAGGUAAGUCGGUUUGAGGGAUGAAUGUGGUGAUGGAGAUUUCUGUGAGAGUGUAACCAAACUGCCAUUUUCACCAAGUAACUAUUCUUGCCAUUUGUUCAGUUCACAGCAGAUUUUUUCUUUACCAGCUUUGACCUAAGGAUUGAACUGUAGUUUUCUUAUUUUUUCUUGGACAAAAUCGAACUGUACCUAGGAUGUGUUAUAUAACCAGCAGAUGAAACAGUGGUCAUACUUUUACAUCAUUGUAAUUGUUGGGUUCUUAGUGAUUAUGUUCAGUGUUAGAUGCCUUCUCCCCUCGAAUCAAUCUGUUAGAAUUGUACAAGAAGUUGCUGCUAUGGAAGACUUUUGACUGAGUUUGAUGAUUUGUUUGGCUGAGGAUCAGCUUCUCUUGAAUUUGUGGGGAUCUUCAUCUUAUGCUUAUCUGGUUGUGUCUAUGUGUGUGCUUUUUUUCCUCUUCUUCAAGACUUUGCAUUCCAUUAUGUAUCUUGAAUAGGUCAAGUUUUCCAUCAACACGUAUCUGUAACUCAGCUCUUGGAAUGCGGUUGCUGGUAAUUGAGGGUGUAAAGAACUAGUUAUAAUAGGAUUAUUAUUCUAAUACAUGACUUUAUGCUUC